UACAUACUGUUAUUUAGCAUUACUUCAUGCCAAUGAAACGAUCCAAAACUACUAUUAUCGAGCAGGAAUAGAUAACAUAUACAAAUGUUUAAAUUUAACGUGUAAAAAGUACUAUUUUGUAGAAAUUUUACAAUUUAGAGACCUACAAUGUCGGUCAAACAUUUUGGUCAGCGUUUGUAUUACAUACCAAAAAUAACACGAUGGACCAAAGGGAUUGGGGCAGAAUUACCAGAAGAGUAUAAAAAAUUCUGGAGAGAAUGGAAAUUACAAGAACCAACAGCUGUCCAUUAUAUCAAACAGGAAGGCAAAUAUAUCCAAAACGAAGAAACAGAAAUUGUGUCUCCGGUACAAAAUAUUCCAAUACCAUUGAAGUACCCUAUAGAAUUAAAUCAAGGAAUAUGGGGUGGUGAGGCAGUGAUACAAGGUUUUCAAAAGAAAGGCAAUAAACAACGUAGAUAUCCACAUUUCUGGUUUCCUUCGUUAAAGAAGUCUGUAGUGUAUAGUGAAGUUUUAGACAAACACAUGAGUGUUGUUGUCACCAAUAGAACUAUCAAUUUGAUACACGAACAUUAUGGUUUUGAUCACUACUUAUUAAAGACUCCUGCGUGCGAUUUGAGAUCAGAACUUGCAUUAAAGAUAAAACGACAAAUACUUUUAGCACUGAUAGACAAAACUUUGUAUCCAACUGAUCCAGAUAAAAGGGAAGAGAUUUAUAACAAAUAUAAGGAGUAUAUAACUGCGUACACGCGAGAAGAAAUUGAAUGGUAUGGUUUAACGUAUAAGGAAGCCUGCAAGAAAUGGAUAAAACAAAAAGAAGACGUCAGUCAACCACAGCCUUUGAAAAUUGCCUACAGAUCCGAGUUAAUAUCAAAACUUAAAGAGGGAGGAGAUAUAAAUGUUUCCUCAACAGAUAGCCAAUCGUCGUGGAUGUCAAAGCUGAAUCUAUUUUCCAAAAACUCGUAAACCGAACAAUAAAAAUAUAAAUAGAUUUGUGAUCGUUCUACAUAAAUAAAGAAAAUAAGGAAAUUAAAUUCUGUAUUGAGUUCAUUGCUAUUUU